CCCCGGCCCCGCGCCUUUAAGGCUGCGGCACCGGGGCCGCGGGGGGGAGCGGCGGCGGGCGCGGAGCUCGCCCUGCCCGCCGAGCGGCUCCCGGCGCCGGGAGGCCGAGCGCUCCGCCGCCGCCGGGCCCCCGCCGAGGGGGCGGGCUGCGCCCGCCGGGUUUAAGUGCGGCCGCGGCCGGCGCGGAGCCGCUUCAUGCGCGGGCGGGGCGGCCGGGACAGCGGCUCCGAGGGGGGAUCCGCCGCCGCGGCCCCGGCAGCAUGAGGCGGGCGCGCCGCUGAGCCGGCCCCGGUGCAGGACCGGGGACGCGCCAUGACCUCGGCGCGGGAGGCGGCCGGUUCCCCCCCGCUGCCCGCCGCGGGCGAGGAGCGCCGCCGGGGCGCCCUGGACCAGCUGCCGCCGCCCGCCAACUCCAACAAGCCGCUGACCCCCUUCGGCAUCGAGGACAUCCUCAGCAGGCCCUCGGGCCGCAGGGCCCCCCCCGGGCACGGCGCGCCCCCGGCCCGGCUCCCGGACAAGGCGGCGGGGCCCGGCGCGCCCCGUAACGGCGUGUGCGCCCCGUCCUCGCCGCUUUGCGCGCUGGAGGAGCUCGCCAGCAAAACUUUCAAGGGGCUGGAGCUGAACGUGCUGCAGGCGGCGGAAGGUCGGGAGCCGCUGGGCGCCUUCGGGCACCGCCCGGCCUCCAAGAAGCGGCGCAAGUCGCGGACGGCGUUCACCAACCAGCAGAUCUACGAGCUGGAGAAGCGCUUCCUCUACCAGAAGUACCUCUCCCCGGCCGACCGCGACCAGCUGGCGCAGCGGCUGGCGCUGAGCACGGCUCAGGUCAUCACCUGGUUCCAGAACCGCCGCGCCAAGCUCAAGCGCGACCUGGAGGAGAUGCGCGCCGACGUGGCCUCGCUGCAGGCGCUGCCCCCCGCCGCCCUCGAGCAGCUGGCGGCGCUCCCCGAGCCCCCCCGCGCCCCCCCCGCCGCCGCCCCCGCCGCCGGCCCCGAGCCGCCGCCCGCCGCCGAGCUCUCGGAGGAGGAGAUCGACGUCGGGGACUGAGGCGGCGGGGCCGGGCCGGCACCGGGAACUGACCGCGGGCCGCCGCCGGAACGGGGCGGCCGCGCUGCCCCCCGCCCCCGCGCCGGGGGCUUUGGUGCAAUUUCUCUUUUUUGUCUUUGUUCUUUUUUUUUUUUUUUUUUAAUUUUAUUUUCUAUCGUGUCUGUCCCGUCGGUCCGUCCGCGAGGCCCGGGCCGCCCCGCGUGUAUAUAUUUUGAAUAAAGGAGACACCUUAUUAACGAG